AAACUGAUCAGCAACCACCACCAUGGUCAUCAGACAACUCACCAGAACCAUCUCAACCAAAACAACUUCAACCUCAACCUCAACCAUCUCAAGGAUAGCACAACAACCAUCAUUCGCAAAGAACCAACUCAUCCCACUCCAAUCAGACCAACUAUCAACCGAACUCAACUCGAUCAUCAACUCAUUCAAACCUCCGAUCAGAUAUGCACUGGCAUACGGAUCAGCCGUCUUCCCACAAAACUCAUAUCAAAAACAACAGCAACAACCCAUGCUCGACUUCAUCUUCGCAGUCACCCAUCCUAGCCAUUGGCAUAGCAUCAACUUGCACCAUCAUCCCCACCAUUACUCUCUUCCCGCUAGACUCCUGGGAUCUCCCGCGAUCUCUUGGCUUCAGGAACGGGGCCCUGGCGCUGGUGUCUGGUUCAAUGUCGAAACAAAAAUUCACAAUAGAAUGAUCAAGUAUGGCGUCGUCUCGAUAGACAGUUUAUGCGACGAUCUACUGGAUUGGAACAGCUUAUAUCUGUCGGGCCGGAUGCACAAGCCGACGCACAUCCUACGAGACGAUGGGCGCGUGCGACUAGCGCAACAAGUGAAUCUAUCCUCGGCCCUGCGGACGGCGCUGCUGCUGUUACCGGAACGAUUUGAGGAGGAGGGGCUGUACCGGACGAUUGCGGGGCUGAGCUACACGGGCGACGUGCGGAUGCGAUGGGCUGAGAACCCGGCCAAGGUCGCCAACAUCGUCGGCCGCCAGCUCGAGCUCUUCCGCAUCCUCUAUCGGCCCCUCCUCAACGCCCUCAACGCCCACCUCCAUCCCGUAUCCCAGGACCCGACGAGCUACUCACUCAGAGUCUUCCACCAAGACCCCUCGCCAGCCGGCCGUGCUCAGCUCUUGCUCAAACUGCCCCUCGGCCUCAAAGAUCGCAUCCGUGCCAUCUACGACCAACGCUGGAACUUGGAUCGCGCCUUCGCUAUUCAUCAGCAUCAUCAUCCUGACUCCCUCAUUUCCCCCACUACUUCCUCCUCCUCCGAUGAACUCGAGAUAUGGACGAGAAUCGCAGCCGAUCAGAAGCUCCGACAGGUCAUUCAAUCUGCCCUCAUUCAGAUCGUCGCGAAACCGUCGCUCUAUCAAUCCGCGAAAGGCAUCCUCUCUGCUGGCCCGAUCAAAAGCCUCAGAUAUGCUACUAACAAAGUCAUCAAACGAUUCUCUUAAUACCCUUCGUUUCACCUCCCCACAACUCCAACAUACUACUGAUCCAUCCGCCACUCCGAUCUACAACACAUUACACACACACACACACACUCAAUUCGCAAUUCAAAAAAAAAGAGAGAGAGAUGUGUUUUUAUCGUCUCUCAUGUUUAUGAAUACAUAUGUACAUAUGUUUUACUUUUUUCAUCAAAUAGAUCUUGCCCUCCUUCA